GUUCUCGCUCCAUCUUCCACCCGAAGAAACAACUCGAACCAUCAGCGCAACCCCGCCAUGUCCAACGCGAGGUUACCGGAUCGGUUGGGCCCCAAGAGACUGAAGAUCGCCAUUGCUUGCGAUUGCUGCCGGACAAGCAAGAAAAAGUGCGACGGCGCACGCCCGGCUUGCAACCAGUGCCAGAGAAAACGUACCCCUUGCUCCUACCGGAACGACUCGGUCGGGACUGAUGGGGCCAAUGCCACCGUGACCGCCAGCUCCAGCUUUCGCCAUGCGCCGCCGGAAAGACAAGUCACCCGACCGGGCCGAGCUUUGUCCCCCGAUGCCGAGCCGCCGGAACCAGACGGGGCCCAGCCCGCCGAGCCACCCUCCGGGGUUGUUCACGGGGUCUUUGCGCGCGAAGUCAAGGCAGCCCUGGACGCAAAACUGGGCAUCCCAUCUGCCGGAAGAAAGGCCAUCAAUUUGACUCCUAUGAAGGACGCCCCGUUGUUCGACCUGCGGCUCGGCGCCCAGCCGGGCGACAACAUCGAAAGCAGUAGCGUGCUCCCCCAUCGCCGACAUGCGGACCGCCUGGUGGACCUGUUCUGGAAGCACAUCCAACCCGUAGAACCCAUCCUCGAGCCGGCACUCUUCAACCGAACCUACGACGCUCUAUUCGCUGGCCGCCCGCUGCCUAACGGCGCCGAUGAGCGCAUCUUUCUCAGCAUCCUCAACGCUGUCUUUGCCUUGUCCACUCAGCUCCAUGAGAGCCUACCGGCCGACGAGAGGAACCAAGUCGGUAACACCUACUUUCGCCGCGCAUGGGCCCUGCUUCGUGUUGAGGCUGUCUUGUGGGAGCCCGGCUCGGUGGAGGUGGUCCAGUGUCUGCUCCUCAUGGCCCGCUACCUCCAGUGCUCCAGCCAUCUGCACCAGACGUGGAUGGCCGUAGGGAUCGCCGUCCGCACCGCUCAGAGCAUCGGCCUGGACAGACCCAACUCCUCAUCGGGUGAUUCUUUGGCUCUCGUUCCCCGCCAUUUUAGGGAGCAACUGUGGCAGUGUUGUGUUUACAUAGACAGGAUGGUCUCCUGGAUGAUGGGGCGGACGCCAAUGAUACUUCUGCACGGCCUGUCACAUGAUGCCGCCGCGGGGGAAGGCAACCCCCAAAGCGGCGAUCAGACAGCCGGGUACUUGACCAAGACUAUGGAGCUGUACGAGAUCUCCAACCACAUCUCCCUUUCACACCUUCCUCUCCGCAGUAGCCUUCCAGAGAAGUUGGGUCUCCCACCACUAUACCGAUUUGAAGACCACUUUAGCAAUGUGUCGAGGUAUGAUGCCUGCCUAGACAGGUGGGCCGAGAGCCUACCGCGGUCUCUCCGAUACAACCAUAUCGACGGUCGUGUUCAUCCUAUUUCCUACAAACAGGCGUUGCUCCUUCAGUUGCGAUUUCACCACGGCCGCGUCACCCUCUUUCGACCCAUGCUGGCGCGCCAUUGCCUCUCGCGUAUACCAACCAGUCAGAGUGACAACACAACCGACAGAAGCGGAAGCUUAAGCCACCGCAUCGUCCAGGACUGCGCCGCGCUUUGCGUGGAGAAUGCACAAAAGGUGAUAGCACUCAUAGUAGAUGAAUGCAACACGUCACCACAAUCCGAUGGCUCGGGCGGGGGAGCAGCGGCCGGGGCCGACGCCGGAUUAAACAGCGGCAGCGGUAGCGGCAUCAUCCCUUGGUGGUACCGUGUCUUCUACCUGCACGUCGCCGGCACCGUGCUCAUGGCAGCCACCCUGCAACCCAACCUCUGCACGCCCGACGUCUCCGAAUCCUGGAGCCGCGCCAUGGCCGCCCUGCGCGCCCACGAGCAUCUGAGUCCGUUUGUGUCGCAGUGCGUGGCCACCUUUGAGACGUUGUCGUCGGGAAUGAGCGCCCAUCAACAACCACCCUAUGGUCAUCCUGUGAUGGACGAAGGGGUUUCUAAUGUGAAUAAUGUUUCUGUACCUCCCCUUCAGGAUGUAUUUUUUCAGGAUAUGGCCUUUGAAACUGAAGCACUCUUCUUUGGUAUGGAGGAUACCUCUUGGAUGGGCAACUUGUCAUUGCCACUGUAAUAGAUGAAUUUUGUAGGAAACAAGGCAAAGUCC